AUGCGAGAGACGCGCGACGCGUCGAUACGCGCGACGACGCGCGGGGGAGACGCGCGGGCGAUCGAUCCGACGGAAGUGCUCGAUCCACGAGUCAGAGGCUUGCUCGCGGGGGAGGAGGUGCGCGUGGGACGGGGGGGGAAUCCGUUCGCGAAGCAACGAUUGAGUAACAAACUUUGGAAGUUGUGCGUCUUGUUCGGACUCAGCGUCGUGCUGUGGGGACUCAUGGCGCGGCAGGAGGCGAAAUCAGAGACGUGGGCGAUGAGUGAUCGACGGGAGACGCUCGAUGAGCGGUUCGCGGCGAGGCGAGGGAGCGAUUUCGGGUUGUUGAAAAAGGCGAGUCGAGAGGCGCGACGGGCGAGGGCGUAG